ACGAUACGGCGAUCGUCACAGCGGCACAAGAAUGCUCUUGAGGUCAUCAUCGACAACUUCGGCAAGCGAUCGGCAGUCGCGCAAGGGCUGGGCGCGGUUAUCACAACGAUGCAGAAGUUGCUGUGUAGCGAUCACAGGCUGUACAUUCAUAGGUCAGAGAGGACGGUGAACGGGAUCUUGAAAGUGGGGAAGAAGCAUCUGUUCAUCCGAGAUGCUUCUGCGGACAAGAUGCAUGAGAUCGAGCCGAUGUGCGUGCUUGACUUUUACGUCCACGAGUCCUUGCAGAAGAGAGGGAUAGGCAGGCAGCUGUUCGACGAGAUGCUGGCAAGGGAGAAGGUACAGCCGCACAUGCUCGGCUACGACAGGCCGUCGCCAAAGCUCCUGAGCUUUCUUAGAAAGCACUUCUCCCUGAUGGACUUCGAGCCCCAGGCCAACAACUUCGUUGUGUUCAGGAGUUACUUCCGAGCUUCCUCCUCCAACAGCAAGGAGAACCUGCAUGCAGCCAACGUGACUGACCGUCAGUAUCGCCAGAGGAGCGACGGCAACUUCAUCAGCUCCAACAACUUCUUCCUUGGGGGCCGUGGAUCGUCGCACGCAUCGCAGCAUGCGAACUGGAGCAGGCGAGGGCACCACGGUAUGCCUCCUCCAUCUGCUCCCGCUGUCAUGGGUGAGGACGAGGACGAGGUUGUUGUCUCCUCUUAUCGCUGCUGCCAGGGAAGCAAGUGCUGGGUGACGGGGAGAGUCAGGAGAAGAGGAGGCUCGACGAUCUGGACUCGCUCUCGCUCUUCGCGAGAGGCAGUCAGUUCAGUGCCGAUGCGAUGCCGAGAAGGCGGGAGGAUGUCAACAAUAUCCAGCCGCCAGUCGGUCGAAACUGCAACGAGGAUGUAA